AUGAGACCAACGUUAUGCCGCCCGUUUCAGUCCACUUUCCGAGUGUUAGGUCAUGAGAACCCUCUGGGCCUCCCGAAAUCCGGCACGCCACCGCAUUGGCCGCGAAAACCGGUUCGGCGCAAGAUCACCGGAGUGGACAAGGUCAUUGCCGUCUCGUCUGCCAAAGGAGGUGUUGGCAAGAGCACAGUUGCGGCAAAUCUAUCUCUGGCUUUUGCGCGGCUAGGAUAUCGCGCUGGCAUUCUCGACACAGACAUCUUUGGGCCGUCCGUCCCUACCCUGUUCAACCUUUCAGGGGAGCCAAGAUUGUCGCAAAAUAACCAACUGGUGCCAAUGACAAAUUAUGGUGUCAAGACCAUGUCGAUGGGAUAUCUCGUGCCGGAGAACGAUGCUGUGGUUUGGAGGGGCCCGAUGGUCAUGAAGGCUAUUCAACAACUGCUUCACGAGGUUGACUGGGGUAAUCUCGAUGUCCUGGUCUUGGACUUGCCCCCUGGAACGGGAGACACGCAACUGACCAUCACCCAACAAAUCAUUCUCGAUGGAUCCAUCAUCGUCACGACACCUCACACACUCGCCGUGAAGGACGCCGUCAAGGGCGUCAACAUGUUCAACAAGGUCAACACUAAUAUCCUGGGCCUGGUUCAAAACAUGUCACUGUUCAAAUGUCCUCACUGCCAUGGAGAUACUCAUGUGUUCGGAUCGAACGACAGAGUCGAGCGCAUGUGCAAAGAGCACAAUAUCAGCUUCCUGGGCGACAUACCACUCCACCCGUCAAUUGGAGACGACGCGGACCUCGGCAAACCGACUGUGGUGUCCGAACCGACAAGUGAGCGAGCAGGGAUAUUCCUCAAGAUCGCCCAGAACAUCGCUCCCAGGAUCGACCUCCGUUCACCGUAA